CCCGUGAGAAUAGCAUAUUUGAAAGGCUGUACUUUUGUUUUUGCAGUACCUAAUGCGGCAGCAGCAGCAGCAGCUCCCAAAAUAUUUGGCAACUUCAGUGCCACCUCAACACCCAUCACAACCACAACAGCAAAAACCUCCCUCAAUGAGAAGGCUGGAUCUCCUCUGGCUGAUCAGAAACUACAGGGGGCAGUGCAGAAGGUGCCAGCAAGCAUCAUUAAAAGUCCAGCAGGCGGGGAACAAGAUCACGUGGAGGAGUAUGAGCCCAAUGUGGAUUUCAAGCCAGUGAUUGCAUUGCCUGAGCUUGUGGAGAAGAAGACAGGAGAGGAGAAUGAAAUUGAGGUGUUUGUCGACCGAUGUCGUCUGUUCCGCUUUGACCCGGAACUCAAGCAGUGGAAGGAGCGUGGAAUCGGCGAGAUAAAGAUCCUUCAGAGCAAAGAUUUGGUGAAAUUCAGGAUCGUGAUGAGGAGAGAACAGAUUCUUAAGCUGUGUGCUAACCAUUUCCUCACGGCUGACAUGAAACUGACCCCUAUGGCAGCCUCGGAUCGUGCUUGGUGCUACUUUGCCAAUGACUUCUCUGAGGAAGAAAUUAAACAUGAACAUCUGGCAGUGAAGUUCAAAACGGCAGAGAAGGCCAAGGUCUUCCAGGAGAAGUUUGAUGAGUGCUGUAAGCAGCUGAAGGAUGAGACUGCAGUCACGUCAACUUCUUCUGAUGGAGGUAUUUUGUUCUUUGUGACUUAUUUAACUGAUA